AUGGCGGAGCCGGUGAGGAAGCGGGGCCGGCGCGCCAGGGGCGGCGGUGGCGGCCGAGGAGCUCGGGGGGGCCGCGGCCGGCGCCCUGGCGCCCAGCGGAGUCCCGCCCGGCGCUCCGUGGAGGCGGUGCUGGUGGACUUGGUCAGCGACAGCGAGGAGGAGAUCCUGGAGGUUCCAGCGGCGCGCGGCUCCGCGGACCCGGCCGGAGCCCCGGAGUCCCCCGCGCCGGCCGCGCCCCCCGACCGCCGGGACGACAGCGACAGCGACAGCGAAGGGGCGGACGCACGGCCGGCCGGAGCCCCUCGCACCCUGGUCCGGCGGCGGCGGCGGCUGCUGCUGGCCCCGGGCGAGGCGCCGGCGGUGCCGGUGUACUCCGAGAAGGUGAAGAGCAGCCUCCAGCUCCUCCCAGACCACCUGCCCCUCCUGAAGCUCUGUCCCCCUGGGGCUGAGGAAGAGGGGGAGAUGGCGGACUCCAGCAGUCCCCAUGCUGAGGACCUCCCAGACCCUGACUCUCCCUGGAAGAAGAAGCUGAGGAGCAAGGCUGAAGAAGAAGAAGAAGAAGAAGAAGAAGAAGAAGAAGAAGAGAAAAGUUCGGUGUCGCUGUCUCAGGACACCUCUCCUUUGCCCUCACCUCUGCCAAGGACCAAGAGCAGAAAACAUACUCGAGCUCUCCAGAAGUUAAGGGAGGUGAACAAGCGCCUCCAGGAUCUGCGCUCCUGCCUGAGCCCCAAGCAGCGGCAGGGCCAGGACCUCCUGAGCCAAGACGACGAGGUGGUCCUUCUGGAGGGGCCCGUUCUCCCAAGGAGCCCUCGGCUCUUCCAGCUCAAAGUCCGCUGCCGCGCUGACCUGAUCAGAUUGCCCGUCACCAUGUCGGAGCCCCUGCAGAGAGUGGUGGACCACAUGGCCACCCACCUCGGGGUGUCCCCAAGCAGGAUCCUCUUGCUCUUUGGAGAGACAGAGCUGUCCCCCACGGCCACCCCCCGGACCCUGAAGCUUGGAGUGGCUGACAUCAUUGACUGCGUGGUGCUGGCGAGCUCCCCCGAGGCAGCAGAGGCCGCCCACCUGCUCCAGCUGCGCGUGCAGGGGAAGGAGAAGCACCAGACCCUGCAGGUCUCGCUGUCCCGGGACUCUCCUCUCAAGACCCUCAUGACCCACUACGAGGAGGCCAUGGGACUCUCCGGUCACCAGCUCUCCUUCUUCUUUGAUGGGACAAAGCUUUCAGGCAAGGAGCUGCCGGCUGAUCUGGGCAUGGAAUCCGGGGACCUCAUUGAGGUCUGGGGCUGA